GUCGUCAAUGAUUCACCAGCGCGGACAUUGCCGGGAAGGCUGCGGUUUUACCUCCCGCUCGUCCUCCAAUGUCUGGACGACAGCGUCGCCUCCGUCCACCUGGAGACAAUGAGUCUCUGCAGCUGCUCCCAUCUUCUGGCUCUGUUCACAUUAGGCUUCUUGGUCGCAGUGCAAAGCGUUGACGUUGGAUUAGCGGGGAGAUUUUUCAGGAGUUUAGGCUCCACUCCGGCCCCCGUGGACUGUCAGCUCGGUCAGUGGUCCCAAUGGUCUCCGUGUUUUCCUUGCCAAGGUAGCAAACACAGGUACCGGGCGCUGGCUCAGCCGGCCAAGUAUGACGGACGGAUCUGUAUCGGGAACCUGUGGGAAUCGACGAUCUGUACAACCUCGGGGAAAUGUGUCCCGGAAAACAAGUGCGGCUCCGAUUUCCAAUGCGAGGAAACGGGCCGCUGUAUAAAGAGACAGCUGAUCUGCAAUGGUGAGAAUGACUGCAGGGACGGGUCCGAUGAGAAGGACUGCGAGCCCCCGGAGGAAGAAACCUUCUGCAGGCAACUUUACCCCAUACCCGGGGCGGAGAAAGCGGUCAGAGGGUUUAAUAUCCUGACGCAGGAGGAGACGCAGAAUGUUCUGGAUCAUAGAUACUUCGGGGGUCAAUGUGAAUACGUCUAUAACGGUGAAUGGCGGGAGCUGAGAUACGACCCCGCGUGUGAGCAGAUGUACUACGCCGCCGACGAGAAAUACUUCCGGAAACCCUACAACUUCCAUGUCUAUCAGUUCCUUGCCCGAGCGGACACCAGAAUGUCCAGUGAGGUGUACGAGGACUCCACCGAUCUGCUCAACGCCAUCAGAAGAGAAAGCUCCUCGGAGGGAGGAUUCACCUUCACUAUAAAGGCCGCAGAGACCCCGGUCGGUGUAGAAUUCGGAUUCAACUAUGGGAGAAAAAGUGAUUUCCUAAGAAAUAUCUCAUCAUAUAGAGAAAAGAAUUUGCAGUUUGUUCGAUUUGUCACUAAAGUUCACACUGCACGUUUCCGGAUGAGAAGGAAUUCCCUGGUGCCGGAUGAGGACAUGCUGAUGGCGCUGAUGGAGCUUCCCGAUACUUAUAACUAUGGCCUCUAUGCCAGGUUCAUUGAAGAUUAUGGCACCCACUUUGUCACCUCGGGCACCAUGGGGGGCGUCCUGGACAAUGUCCUUGUACUGGAUAAAGAAGCUAUGAAAAAACGAGAGGUUACAUUUUCAAUGAUUGAGAACUGUUUUGGCGGCCAUAUUGGAAUCACUGGCGUUUCUGAUGAUAAACAAAUCGAGGGAUCACUGACUGUAAAAGGCAGAAACUGCGACAAGUUAGAAGACACAUCUGGGGAUGCCAGAAGCAGCGAGAGUGUAAUAAAGGAUGUUAUCACUCAUGUAAAAGGAGGGGACACAGGGUCAGCCGGGGGGCUGCUCAAUUUCUUGGGGGGCAACAUCUAUCGCUUCUGGGGAAGAUCUCUGAAGUAUAAUCCGGCCGUCAUCGAUUUUGAGCUGCAGCCGAUACAUGAAGGUCUGAGGUUAAUAGAUCUUUCUGGGAUUGAGAACAAGAGGCAGAACCUGAAGAGAGCCUACGACGAGUUCCUGAAUGAGUUUAGCUCCUGUCGUUGUGGCCCCUGCAAUAAUAAUGGGGUGCCCAUAUUAAACAAUAACGUCUGCAGCUGCCAGUGCCCCUUGGGGUACGAUGGUCCCUCAUGUGAGAAGACGUCACGACCAGAUACAAAGGCAAAAGGAGGCUGGAGCUGCUGGACUUUGUGGUCCUCCUGCCAAUCUGGAGAACGUCAGAGGACAAGAUCCUGCAAUAAUCCACCUCCUAAGAAUGGCGGCAGCUGGUGCCUGGGGAAAAGUGUCCAAACCGAGUCGUGUUAAUAACUGCAGGGAUCUGAUAUUUCGCUUGUAUAUUCCGGUCGGUCAUUCAGUGACACCCGGGAGGAUACAAUGUUAUUGCUGUUUCUUAUGUUUGCACAAAAUUAAAGAGGCUCCAA